AUGGAAAAUCAUGCAUUUGAGCUUUCUGGGGAAGUUGUUGAAAAAUCUCAGAAGACAGCAAAGAAGGAAAUCUACCAACAGGACAAAGUGAAACGUUUUUCCCUCAUGAAAUUCUUCCUCGUGUGUCUAUUGGCAAGUGUCAUUACAACCACAGUAGGAGUCGUCGUGCUUGCACUCAUCUAUGUUAUUCCUCAACUUUACCCUCAACAGUCAGUACAGCCAAGUUCAAACCCUUCCACUGGAGGCAUUGAUCUCAGAUACAAAUAUCUCUAUCACCUGGAUAAAUCAGAGGUCUUUGAGUAUCCCGGUGGUGCAAUUCAAUGGGGUCGUUUUCGGAAAAAUCCAACUGAGUAUGAAAACAAAUUCUCUAUGGAAUUUGGGAGGAAUAUAAAUGAAAUGAAAUCCAAAAUGACAAUAGGUACCCUGCGAAUUGAGAAGGACGGGCUUCGUGUUCCCCAUUGGCAUUUCAACGCCAAUGAGCAUGGAUAUCUACUAACGGGGAAGGCAUGGAUUGGUGUCAUAGACGAUGGAACCAAUGUGGUUGCAACAUAUAAUGUUACAGCAGGUCAAGUUAUCUUUUUCCCAAAGAACACGCUUCACUGGGUGAAGAGCGUGGGGGAAGAGGAGUGUAUCUUCCUCCUCUUCUUCUCAACACAUGACGAACUUUCAACCCUUGAUAUGGAUGACGCAUUCUUCUCCACACCUGAAGAUAUUGCUUCCAGGUCAUUAAAGCCUAUUGGAGGAGUUAAGUUUAUAAGAAGCCUCCCCAAGCAAAAGGAAGAUCAAGCAAUAAACCUCCCACCAAACCUGAAGGAACUUGUUACGGAGGAAAGUUAUACUCAAUCAGAGGACAGCAUCGUGUGGAGAUACUUCUAUGAUCUUCCAGGAUCGAAGAAUUACACCUACCCUGGUGGAAUCAUUCAGUGGGCAAGAUACCUAAGAAACACAACGAGUCUGACAGACAAUGAGAAAGUCUUUGCCAACUCCCUUCAUCAGCAUGCAGACACGCUCACCUUAGCAACACUACGGAUAUACAGCAAUGGACUCCGGCAGCCUCACUUCCAUUUCAAUGCCCACGAGAUGGGAUACGUGAUAAGUGGCUGUGGACAGGUGGGAGUAAUUGGUUCCUCAACCACAGAUUUCCAAAUAGAUAGAGGUGAUGUUUUCUUCUUCCCUAUUGGAACACAGCACUACGUUAAAAGCACAUGCGUUGAAGAUCUCUUAUUAAUCCUUGCGUUUAGCACAGGAGACCAGCUGGAAACGCUAGAUAUGGAUGACUACUUCCAUGCAAGUGCUGAUCAAGUACUAGCCCAGAUGUUUUUCAAGCCACAAAAUGAGUUCAAGAAAAUUCCAGUGUUUGCUGAUGACCAGGCUGUCAAUCGACCAUGA